UGUUCCCUGUCUGUUGGUCUCAGGCUCCUAAAACGCCGUUACAGAAGAGCAUGGACCUGCUGGGGAAGCAGCUCUCGCUCUACUCCUUCGGCAUCAUAGGGGUCAUCAUGCUGGUGGGCUGGCUGCAGGGGAAGAGGAUCCUGGACAUGUUCACCAUCGGUGUGAGUCUGGCGGUAGCCGCCAUCCCUGAGGGUUUACCCAUCGUGGUGACGGUGACGCUGGCGCUCGGCGUGAUGAGGAUGGUCCAGAAGAGAGCCAUCGUCAAGAAGCUCCCCAUCGUAGAGACUCUGGGUUGCUGUAACGUGAUCUGUUCAGACAAGACGGGAACCCUGACCAAGAACGAGAUGACCGUCACCCAGCUGUUCACAUCAGAUGGACUUCAUGCUGAGGUGACGGGCGUCGGGUAUAACGGAGCAGGAGAGGUCUUACUGGACGGAGACGUCAUCCACGGCUUCUCCUGUCAGUCCAUCAGUAAGAUCGUGGAGGUGGGCUGUGUGUGCAACGACUCGGUCAUCAGGAAUCACGCUCUGCUGGGACGGCCUACAGAGGGAUCGCUCAUCGCCCUCGCCAUGAAGAUGGGUCUGGAGAGCCUGAAGCAGGAGUACGUCCGUAUGGAGGAGCAUCCCUUCACCUCAGAGCAGAAGUGGAUGGCUGUUCGCUGCGUUCACCGCACCCUGCAGGAUAAGCCCGGAGUGUACUUCAUGAAGGGAGCUUAUGAGCAGGUGAUCCGUCUCUGCAGCUCCUACAACAGCAGAGGAAGCACCCUGUCCCUGAACCACCAGCAGAGGGAGCUCUACCAGCAGCAGAUCAGCUACAUGGGCAGCGCCGGGCUCCGAGUUUUGGCGUUUGCGUCCGGCUCUGAGAUGGGGAGUCUGACCUUCCUGGGUCUGGUGGGCAUCAUAGACCCGCCGAGGUCAGGGGUCAAAGAAGCAGUGGGAACGCUCAUCAGCUCUGGAGUCGCCAUCAAGAUGAUCACGGGAGACUCUCAGGAGACCGCCGUGUCGAUAGCCAGUCGUCUGGGUCUGUACUCCAAAGGCUCUCAGAGUCUAUCAGGGGAGGAAGUGGAUCACAUGGACCUGCAGCAGCUCUCACACCUCGUCCCCAGAAUCUCCGUGUUUUAUCGAGCCAGUCCUCGUCACAAGCUGAAGAUCGUGAAGUCCCUCCAGAACAUCGGGGCCGUGGUGGCCAUGACGGGUGACGGGGUGAACGACGCCGUGGCUUUAAAGGCCGCUGACAUCGGCGUGGCGAUGGGUCAGACGGGGACAGACGUGUGUAAGGAGGCGGCUGACAUGAUCCUGGUGGACGACGACUUCCAGACCAUCAUGUCGGCCAUCGAGGAAGGGAAAGGGAUUUACAACAACAUCAAGAACUUUGUCCGCUUCCAGCUCAGCACGAGUAUUGCAGCUCUGACGCUCAUCUCUUUGGCGACUCUGAUGAACUUCCCCAACCCGCUGAACGCCAUGCAGAUCCUGUGGAUCAACAUCAUCAUGGACGGGCCUCCAGCUCAGAGUUUGGGGGUGGAGCCUGUGGACCAGGACGUGAUCAGGAAGCCUCCUCGAAAUGUGAGAGACAGCAUCAUCACUCGCAGCCUCAUCGUCAAAGUCCUGGUGUCGGCGUUCGUCAUCGUCUGCGGGACGCUCUUCGUCUUCUGGAGAGAGUUGCAGGACAACGUGAUCACUCCUCGAGACACCACCAUGACCUUCACCUGCUUCGUCUUCUUCGACAUGUUCAACGCUCUGAGCUCUCGUUCACAGACUCGGAUGGUCCAUGAGAUGGGUCUCUGCAGUAACAGGACGUUCUGUUUCGCCGUCCUGGCCUCCAUCAUGGGUCAGCUCCUCGUCAUCUACUUCCCUCCUCUGCAGAACGUCUUUCAGACGGAGAGCCUCAGCUUCUUCGACCUGCUGUUCCUGGUCUCCCUCACCUCCUCGGUCUGCGUCGUGUCUGAGUUCAUAAAGAUGUUGGAGAGGUGGAGGGGAAUCGAGAAGUGCCCGCCUGCCGACUACUUCCACGAGGUAUGACCCCCCUGAGCGCCGCGCUGCCCGGGUCGAGGUCUGCAGGAGGAGGAGGAUCGGUUUUAGGAUCUCACGAUCGAUGGCACUGACUUUUAAAGACUGCAAAGACGUUUCCUGUGAGAUCCUCAGGAGGGAGGGAGGAGACACUCUGGUCUGGGACUGGAGGAUGAUCCCGGUCUCUGGGCUAGGGGGGGGGCAGAGGGAGGCGAGGUAGCGGACUGGACUUUGAUUGGACUCGGAGGACGAGACGGCUGCUGGGAGAUCUGACCCUUGGUGAUCCACAGCAGCUCUUUGGCUCCUGGACCCGCUCCCUCUCUCUCCACGGCCUCGGUGUAGACCCCCAGCCGUAGCUUUGGGGGAGCAGACCACACCCUCCUGCUGCGAACCGGCUCCAGUUUGCUCCUCGACGUUUAGGAUCUAAGAAUCUAGAGACGUGUGCAAUUCAGUUUUUUCUUCCAGUCUUCUUUUUGAAUCUUUGCUUUGGAAGGUGUAGACCACUGUGGGCCCGCGGCGGGUCUUCAGACUCCUUUAGGGGUUCUUCUCUUUAGUGGAGGUGUAACGGUACGCAGCAAACAUCAAGCACAGCAGAGGAGCAGGAGGUUUGAUCUCACAGAACAGGGGUCUGAUAAUCCACUGAGAACAUCCAGGAACUGAAUCCCUGUCAUUAAAGCAGCUGUUAAAGAAUGUGAGGCGGUUAGAGGAACGACGGGCGUUCAUCAUCAUCAUUUCAUCUCUACGGAGGCCUCAGAGGGACAAACAACAAUUAAACUAAUAUUCAAUUUAAGACGAUUUUUCUUUCUUUUGCAGCGAUCUGAAAUAUACAGAUUCAGUUUUUAGACUUUUUUUUUUUCAUAAUAUUUAAUAAAUAAAAUCCAAUCAGAUCUUCUGUUUCUAAAAAUAAACUAAAAAAAACUCAAAUCAGGUUAAAUUUAAAAUACAAAAAUUCAAACUGAAAUAUUUUGUUCAAUGCCUUUAAAUUCUGAAUAAAAAUAUAUUUAAGAUCAGUUUUAUUAUUUCUAAUGUUUUUUUUUUCCUUUUUUAAUUUUUGACAUUCAAACAUAAAUAAAACUUUAAACUCUUUAAGCAGAGAUAUAAACUACAGGGUGAGUCUGGAUUCUUGUUUUUAUUACCUCCUGCUCACUAUACAUCCUCCUCUCAUCACCACAGGGUCAACAGGCAGGAGGGAAUGAGUCUCAUUGAUCUGGAACAAAGUGUGAUCACGUUGUUCCUGCCGUCAUUUUUACUAAAACGAAUUCCUCUCAAAAACCAAAUUACAAAUACUGGGAAUAUAUAUCAAAUAUUUUGGUUGCAUUGGAGUUUGUGCUGCAGUACCACAACUGGCCACUUGGUGGAGCUAGAAACUACUUUCACUUGAUGUUCAGCAGUUUGCAGACGACCUGAUCCCUGAUCCCACAUCAGACCUGGGUUUCUUCUCCCUUCAGUUCCUUGAAGACGUUUUAAUUUAAGAAUAAAUCAGAAGCAGGUCCAGAGGAGAGACAGUGAGGGAAACCUCGUAUCGUUACACCUUCACUUCAGGAGCUGGUUUCUGGGAUUCAGACUCUGAUCUUUUUUUACACACACUGGUUUAUUGGAUGGAAAGGUUUCAGAUGUGCAGCAGGUCUCGUUUCUCUGUCAUAUUUAAUCUCCUUCAGCUCGCGCUGCGUUGUACAGAAAACAUGUGCAGAGUGUUUCCUGCAGCGAAGUGAACACCGUGUUUGAUGAUGAAGUCUCAGUGAUAAAAGAAUAAAGUCGUACACUUUGAGAAUAAAGCCUUGAUAUGAGAAAAGGUCUGAAUAUUAUAGAUCUGCUCUUAUUUUAACACCAGGGUGACUUUGGAUCGGUUUAUAGAGUUCUGAUCUGACAGUGUGGUGCUGGUCUGACUAAAGAUUCAACAAUAAGUUCACUUUGAAACCUUCACUGAAGAAUAACUUCACAGACAUGGUUUAUGUUUUUAACUUUGAAAAUCCGCUUUUUCUCCUAAUUUAAGACUUUAUUCUCAAAAAAUGCGCUUUUUCUUUUUUUUACAGCUUUUAUUCUGAAAGUCUUCUUUUUGUUUACUUCGUCUUAAAUCAGUCUCAUAGUUUCCUUCCACACAGAGAAUCCUAUCAUACAGAACACGAUCAGAGCCACUGACAAAUGUUUAUAUUUUGGAGGUUGGGAACAAAUAAAAUAAUAAUACUUUUUUUUUUUUUUUUUUAAGUCAGAAUUCAGAUUUUUAGAAUUGUGGGGGAAAAUGUCAGAAUUAAGACUUUGAUCUCAGAAUUAAAAAUAACUCUUUGAUCUCAGAAUUAAAAAUAACUCUUUGAUCUCAGAGUUCUAAAAUAACUCUUUGAUCUCAGAAUUAAAAAUAACUCUUUGAUCUCAGAAUUAAAAAUAACUCUUUGAUCUCAGAGUUCUAAAAUAACUCUUUGAUCUCAGAGUUCUAAAAUCGUUCUUUGAUCUCAGAGUUCUAAAUAACUCUUUGAUCUCAGAGUUCUAAAUAACUCUUUGAUCUCAGAGUUCUAAAAUAACUCUUUGAUCUCAGAGUUCUAAAAUAACUCUUUGAUCUCAGAGUUCUAAAUAACUCUUUGAUCUCAGAGUUCUAAAAUAACUCUUUGAUCUCAGAGUUCUAAAUAACUCUUUGAUCUCAGAGUUCUAAAAUAGUUCUUUGAUCUCAGAGUUCUAAAUAACUCUUUGAUCUCAGGAUUUUAAAAUAGUUCUUUGAUCUCAGGAUUCUAAAUAACUCUUUGAUCUCAGAGUUCUAAAAUUACUCUUUGAUCUCAGAGUUCUAAAAUAACUCUUUGAUCUCAGAGUUCUAAAAUAACUCUUUGAUCUCAGGAUUCUAAAAUAGUUCUUUGAUCUCAGAGUUCUAAAUAACUCUUUGAUCUCAGAGUUCUAAAAUAACUCUUUGAUCUCAGAGUUCUAAAAUAGUUCUUUGAUCUCAGAGUUCUAAAAUAGUUCUUUGAUCUCAGGAUUCUAAAAGUGAUUAAAACAAGUCAUUAAAACAAAUCUUAAGUCUUUCUGGCCUGACCUCUAAAAACCUUUCUGUCAGAGUCCCUGACCCUCUUCCGUACUCUCUUGAUACCCGAUGUAGACUUGGGUCUGAAAUCCGUCAGACACUUGGAACCCAUCAGUGCCGCCGCGGUUCCUUCAGGGCACGAACACGUAACGAUGACGCUUCCUCAUGCUGUGCCUUAGAGAAGUCAUCACUGAUCAUUUAACCGAGCCCUUUACUGACACAUGGCUUUCAAGGAUUUAAAGAAACAGUCACUGAAGACGUUAACGUCCUUUUAUUUAAGAUCUUCUUCUUCUUCUACUCCUUUAAUAAUUACAGAUGUCGUGGUGCUUUCUGGGAAAUGGAGUCACUUUUCUUUAGUUUGAUAGCUGCUGUUGUUUUUUUAAAUUGUUUUCCCCAAAGAAACAUGAAGACCAGAAAAGUACCAUCACUCUGCUGUUGUUUCCUGAAGUCCCUUCUUGUUUUAUUUCCUAUUGUGAACAUUAAACGUUAUAUAUUUAUCUUGUAUGAAAUAAAAGAGGGUUUAUCUCCUGAAGACGA